AUUGAAAAAAAAUAAAAAAAAAUAGAAAAAGAAGUAUAAAAGAGGAGAGAGAGGUUAAAGGAGAAGGGGAUUGUGUUAGUUAGUUAGAGAGAGUGGAUGGCAAUAGCAGCAGCAACAACGAGCACAUCAGUAAGCAUGAGCAUGAGUAUGAGUCAAAGCCAUAGUCACGAAGAUAUAACUUCCAACGAAAACAAUAACAAUAACAAACAUGUAGUUGAUGAGGAUGAGGAUGAUGAUGAUGAUGAUCACGAGCACGACGUGGUUAUGCCUGGUUUUCGUUUUCAUCCAACUGAAGAAGAACUCGUGGAGUUCUACCUUCGCCGUAAGGUGGAGGGCAAACGUUUCAAUGUUGAGCUUAUUACUUUCCUCGAUCUCUAUCGCUAUGACCCUUGGGAACUUCCUGCGUUGGCAGCAAUUGGAGAGAAGGAAUGGUACUUUUAUGUGCCAAGAGAUAGAAAGUACAGAAACGGAGAUCGUCCGAAUCGUGUAACAACAUCAGGUUAUUGGAAAGCAACAGGAGCUGAUAGGAUGAUCAGAACUGAAAAUUUUCGUUCAAUUGGACUUAAGAAAACCCUAGUUUUCUAUUCUGGUAAGGCUCCUAAAGGCAUCCGAACCAGUUGGAUUAUGAACGAGUAUCGUUUGCCUCAACAUGAAACCGAACGUUAUCAAAAGGGUGAGAUAUCGCUAUGCCGAGUAUACAAGAGAGCAGGAGUAGAAGAUCAUCCCUCCCUCCCUCGUUGCCUACCUAUUACAAGAGGUAAUCAUUCAGAUCAUAAGAAUAAACAGAAUGAAAUAUUGGGAAUGGGAUUUGUUGGUGGACAGUCUAAUAAGGCAGCUGCAACGCCAACGCCAACUGCAACUGCAUCAAUUAACAACAAAAUGCAUGAAGGAAGCUGCAGUGUUGGCAAUUCCAAUUCGGAUCAUGUGACAACAGUUCUUGGUCUUUCCAAAUACAGUACUGAUCCUAAUUACCGUGCAGCGGAGGAGGAGGAGGAGGAAAGGUUAAUGAUGAUGCAGCAACAACAAGUACAAUAUUCUGCAGGAGGCAACAGUACUUUGUUACUCCCUCUCCCUGCAGCUUGUUUCCCUCUCCAAAAUUCAGCAGUUAGUUCCAACAGUAGUAUGAUGGAUGAUCUCAAUAGGCUUGUGAGUUUUAAUAAUAAUAAUCAACAUCACUACUGCUACAAUCCAAAUCCAAAUCCAAAUCCAAAUCAUUUGUCUACUUUGCUGAUGCAACCAGCUACUCUCAACUCUUCAGUACUACCAAUUACUCCAAUUCCAACCAACUUCUCUGACCGGCUAUGGGACUGGAAUCCAAUCCCUGAGGAUCACCCAAACCCCUCCUUCAAGUAAUCACUCACUCACAAUUCUAAUUAUAUAUAUAGUGCAUGCAAUUCCAAAUACAUAUAUAUUGUUCAUUUGCUAUAUAACUCAUUUCAGUUAUCAACUUAUUUUAUAUAUGUAGCUUGUCACUCUCAUUAUUCCUCAAUCCUAGCUAGAUUCAAAUAACAUAUAUAUAAAUAUAUUGUAUGAACUCAUAUUCAUCAUCACUUAUUAAUAUCUAUAUA